AUGGCACAAACAGCCCAACUCAAUGCUAUUUUAGAUGGUUUCAAAGAUAAAGUGCCCGAAACAGUCUAUACUACAGUCAAUGAAAGCAGAGCCAAUUUCAUCAACUCUUUCAACACCAGCGCUGCCAUCCAAGUCGGCGAUACGCUUCCUGAAUUCAGUCUUAGCGACGCCGUUGGCACCCAACGCAGUAGCAGUGAACUUCUCUCGAAAGGGCCACUGCUAGUUACCUUUUAUCGCGGUGAAUGGUGCCCUUUUUGCAACAUAAUCCUCAGCAAUUUCCAAAAGAUACUGCCGGAAAUCCAGGCCAAGGGCGUCACCUUUGUUGCCAUUAGCCCCGAGUUGCCCAACCAGACGUUGAGCACCAGCGAAAAGCAUGACCUCCAAUUCCCAGUUCUUUCCGACGUUGGAAACCAAUUUGCAAAGAAGCUGGGUAUUCUAUUUCAACAGCCUGACUCUUUGCGCCCUAUUUUUGAUAAGCUUGGUCACAACUUGAAAGAGCGAAACGGUGAUGACUCUUUCGUUGUGCCAGUACCGGCAACUAUUCUUGUUGGUAAAGAUGGAAAAGUCAAGAACACAUAUAUCAACGCGGAUUACACUAAGAGGGUUGAGCCACAGGAGGUCUUGAAGUGGCUUGGUGAGCUGAAGAACUGA